AUGUCCAAUACAACACCCCCAUUCCAGCUCCUGUCCAACAACGUUUCGUUGACCAAUCAGAGGUUGGCAGUGCCCAUAAGGACGUUCAUGGGCUUCCUGUCUGUGUCUCCAUGUCUCCUCUUCCUCUACAUCAACACUAUCAUGCUGUACAGUCUGAAGAGCAAGCCCAUGUUCAGAGAGACCUCACGCUACAUCUUGUUUGGUAACCUCCUCUUCGCCGACACCAUCCUACUGCUGACCAGCCAACUGCUGUACAUAUUAGCCGUCGCUGGGUUGUUUGUGAUCCGAUAUAUAUGUGUUGUGAUUGUGUUGGUGGCCAUUUUCACCAGCGCUGUUUCCCCUCUCAACCUGUCUGUGAUGUCGCUAGAGAGGUACGUGGCGAUCUGUUAUCCUCUGAGGCAUGCCUCCAUUGUCACCCCCAGGACUACGGGCGUGGUCAUUGCUGUUGUGUGGAUCCUGUGUUCCCUAAACACUAUCAUUAAGCUUGUCAUGCUGCUGGUUCUAGAGUCCAUGCCCCUGGACCAGUUCAUGCAGGAAUUCUGCUCUACCAGCGAGCUUUUCCACCUGAAGAUUCACAACCAGGUAGACAACGUGUUCAUCAGCAUCGUCUUCAUGACCGUUGGUUUUAUCAUCAUAUACUCCUACAUCGCUAUGAUGAUGGUAGCCAAGUUGGCCUCCGCAGACAAGGACAUAAACAGCAAGGCUCGUAACACGGUUCUCCUGCACCUGGUCCAGCUAGGCCUGAGUCUCUCCUCCACCCUGGUUCCUACUAUAGUGUCAGCCUUGAAAUCCAGAGCAAUGGACAAAGCCACACAGAUUGAGUAUAUUGUGUUUAUCAUCCUGAUUAUCCUGCCCAGGUGUCUGAGUCCUCUGAUCUACGGCCUGAGAGACAAGGCAUUCAGACACAUCCUCAUGUACCAUCUCACCUGUGGCCUCAGAUGCGCAGUGGAGCCCAUUAAAAUCUCCAGCUAUUGAUGUUUUUUCUUGUAACAGAAACAUUUAUUCAGUUUUUAAUGAAAACUGUUUUUAAGAACUUGUAAUAAUGCUGAAAGAAUGAACUAAACUAAAACACAGGCAUGUGAAUGUUUUAAAGAGACAAUCUGCAGUUGGUACAUACUUUUUUACCUUACAAAUAAGUGAAGGAUAUUCACCCAUUGAUUCUUGAAGAAUAUUACUUAUACUUCGGCUUCUGAUGGGGUUCGAGGCAUUUAGACGUUUGUUUGACUCCAAUGCUCGUAAAACAAAGUAAAUGUAAACAAACACUCUAUAGCCUCAAAACACGGUUAAAACUAUCGUUUUGAUAUCAUGGAACGUCAGUCCUUGCAUCCAUAGCACUUUCUUUGAAUUUGAGAGUAGUUACGUUUCUCCUCCGCCUCAUCCGUCAGCUUUUUACCGAAACAGUGGCGUUUUGUUAUUGUUUCAACUGCGGAUUGCCCCUUUAACUUGAAACCACAGUAUGUAUGUUUUCCUGUAAUACAAUUCAUUAA